GUAUCGCAGACAGAUAAAAACAGUUUGGAUAGUUAUCACACUUUGCAAACAAAUGUUGCAAUGAAAGAAUAGACAAAUGCUAUAAUUAGACAUUGGGGAGCCAAGCUGACGUGGACUUUUGUGGAGAGCGGACGGGCCAUACCCAGCUCUUGCUCCACUUGACCAGUUUGUACAGAAAAUGUAGGGUCCCAUACUGUAUAUGUUGUCAGAAGAGUAGCCAGGCUAUUCUAUUGCCAACCAUAAACUGUAAUGGCAGAAGGAAGCGUGGAUCCGUUGCUUGGCAACAGUGCAGUUGACAUCAAGUUCAUUGUGGAGAAUGUUUAUCGUGAUCUUAUCAUUCGACACGUUCGAUGUGGAUCCUUGGUUGCACAUAUGUGUUUUCCUCAAAUGGCACCACACCCACCAACCAGUGCAAUUCGAGAUGGAAGUGGAGGCCUUCACGUCCACGCUAAACCACCGUGCAAAGACGAGACAACGCCGAUUCCAACCAUCUACGGAGAUGAUGUAUCCCGACUGCGAGGCCACCACAACGUUGUUCCACACGGCCUGUUCUUAACGAGAAACAAGAACACUGAGCGCAUGUGUGCAGGGCACCGUGUGCAGCAGAUACAGUGUUUGGCGACGGCACCUUCUCCUCAGCUGCCCGGCUGUUCGAGCAGAUCUACCACACUGCAUGCUGAUUAUCAAGGCCUCAUGUUCCAGUUAGAUUGCUGUCCUGGACUACACUGAUGACGUGGCUGACCUGAUCCACCUCCACAUGAUCCAUCACUGUGACUUAUCGGUGAACAGUCUGUGGCUCAAACAUUUAUUGUUAUGUAUUUAUUAAAGUUCUACCAUGACUACGGUAUCAGACGAC